AGCUAAAUAUUUCAUAAGAUGUUGGGAAUUGCUGAGUUUUUAAUAUCUCUAGUAGCGUGUCUCCUGAUUUUGCAGUUCCUAAAGCUGCAGUGGAUGCGUACCCAGCUUCCUCCAGGACCAGCUCCCCUUCCCAUCAUCGGAAAUUUGUGGCUGCUGGACUUCAAACUUCGUCGAGAAACUCUCACCAAGUUAACCAACACCUAUGGAAAUAUCUACACCCUGUGGAUGGGACAGACACCUAUGGUUGUACUAAACGGUUACAAAGCAGUCAAAGACGGCAUUGUCACCCACUCAGAGGAAGUUUCUGGAAGACCUCUCACCCCAUUCUACAGGGAUAUGAUGGGCGAGAAAGGUAUCUUUCUGACAAGUGGCCACACCUGGAAGCAGCAGAGACGCUUUGGCAUGACAAUUAUAAGAAGCCUGGCACUCGGUAAGAACAAUUUGGAGCAUCAAAUUCAAACAGAGGCCUGUCACCUUGUGGACAUCUUUGCAAACACAAAAGGCAAACCUUUCGAUCCCCACACCUCCGUCGUCCAGGCCAUUGCAAAUAUAAUUUGUGCUGUUCUUUUUGGUCAUCGCUUCUCCAGCGAGGAUGAAUCUUUCAGCAAGCUUAUCAAAGCUGUUUAUUUUGUGAUUUACUUUCAAGCUACUAUCUGGGGCAGGAUGUACGAUGCUUUCCCAUGGCUUAUGCACUGUCUCCCAGGACCUCACCAGGAAGCAUUUGCAUACAGUGACUUCAUGCACAACUUGGUUAUGAAGGAGGUCCAGACUCAUGAGAGACAGAACACAGGUGAUCCACAGGACCUCAUUGACUUCUACCUAAUUCAAAUAACAAAAACCAAAGAUGACCCUACUUCCACGUUUAAUAAAGACAAUAUGGUUCAGACCAUGGUUGAUCUUUUGCUGGGAGGGACAGAAACAACGAGUACCACCCUUCGCUGGGCACUGCUCUAUAUGGUGCAGUACCCAGAAAUACAAGAAAAGGUUCAAAGAGAGAUAGAGGCUGCUCUGGAACCCUCCCAUCUCAUCAGCUAUGAAGACCGCAAAAGGCUGCCAUAUACUAAUGCCGUGAUCCAUGAGGCUUUGCGGUACAGCAACAUUACUUCCGUUGGGGUCCCUCGACAAUGUGUGAGAAACACGACUCUGCUGGGUUUCCACAUUAAAAAGGGCACACUCUUACUGCCAAAUCUGCACUCCGUUGUGUACGACCCUGAGCACUGGGCAACCCCUUGGAAGUUCAACCCAAACCAUUUCCUUGAUUUGGAUGGCAAUUUUGUGAACAAAGAGGCUUUCUUACCUUUCUCAGCAGGGCACCGUGUCUGCUUAGGGGAACAGAUGGCACGAGUCGAACUGUUCAUCUUCUUUACCAACCUCCUUCGGGCAUUCACUUUCCGGCUCCCUGAAGGAGCAGCGGAAAUCAAUUCAGAGUACAUCUUGGGUGCAAUACUGCAGCCACAUCCGUAUGAACUCUGUGCUAUUCCACGCUAGUCUGCAACGCUCUACAACACAGAGGGACUCUGUUGAAAUCACAGAUAUUUCAAAAACACAUAUCACUGCUUCAGUUGUAUUCAAACGUAGGUAGCUCAGUAUAGCAAACAAUAGAAAGAGUAUUUACUUAGGAGGUCUGAGCUCAUAUAGUGGAAAUUUUUGAAAUAAAAGUGUACCUACCAAAGCUCACAUAACCAUAUCUUAGAUGCAUACACAUACACAAUAAUAUGUUACCAAAAAAAAUAAAUGUAUUUUUACACUCGCACUAGCAAUUAAUUAGAUGUAGACUUUUAGAGAAGUGAUCUGUAUGAAGCGGAGUUUCCUGCAUAUGUGCCCGGUCAGAUAUCACACUCUUAAAAUGGCACAACUGUUCUGAUGCAGAAUGGAUGCCUGAAUAAACAAAAGGUUUUGUCCUUCCUCUGUAUUCAGUUUUUUCUUACACUGGUGUGCAGGAGGUACUAACGUGUACGCACUCAGUUUUCACUCCUAUUCCUUCCACACUCCCUCGAAGCAUCAUACAUUGCAGGAUAAACUUCAUGCAUGCAUCAGUUAUUACAGAAUGGGGCCUAUUAUAGUCCAUUUAGAAAUCCUUACACCUUUUUAUUUUACUUCCUCAGUAUCUAUUUUAUAACAACUCUUGGAUCCAGGUGCUUUCAUGAAUCUUUACAUCUGCUGCUCAGCUUUAUUACAUCAUCCAGUAAUUUCCUACUUGAAGGAAAAAGAAGAGCCUUUCAAGAAAUGAAGAAAAUAAAAGAAGAUGCCAACAUUUGUUAAAGCAGGCACAGUACAGAUUUAUUACUCAGUGUUUUCUUUUGUUGUCUCAUCAUUCCACAAUAGAUGUGGAAAGUU